AAGAAAAGAGCUUGCUGACAUGAUGGGGAGUAAAGUAGAAAUUUUAGGGGCAAUAGCUUUUGGAAGUUAAAAGAAAUCCAUAGGGGUUCUUGGGCACUAGAGUAGCACAAUCAACAGUGUUUCUUCCACCAUGCUUUUCUGCAUGUACUACUUUAACUGAUGUUAAUUAGCAUUGUCCUAACUCAGCAGCCUGUGUGUGAGCAUCCAGCGUCAGCUGGGCUGUCUAAGCAUCAACCUGAGCUGGGGCCCAGCAGCACUCAUCUCUCUGUGCCAUGAGAUUAGUCCAUUUGAGUACCAUCCUUUUCCAUGUUGUAUCCUGCUGGCAUGUGCUAUCUCCCUGAUAAAAAUGAAAGCAGCCUCUGAACGGAUUAUUUCUCUUUUAAGCACUUACACUGUUGCAAGGCAGCACAGAGCAGAAGCAGGAGCUAGGGCAUUGGUUUGUGGAGACUGAAGCAUCUGCACAGCUGCUUGCAUGUCUGAGGCUCAUUUAAGGGCAGCCCGUGGUGGAGCACCAUUCUUCUCCAAAGCUUUUCUACUUCAAGAGCCCAGAGGGCCCAAUCAAGACCGCUUAGGUUUCAGGGCUGGCUGUUGUUUGAUCCACAAGCUGAGUUUUCAACACUGGCUGUAGAAGGAUAUGUUUGAGUGUGGAAACAAAAUAGUCUGAGAUAAAAUAAUAAUUUCCUUUCUUUCAAGACCGGAGUCCCUCACUGCAGGGAGGGUGGCGCAUUUGUCCGUCUUCCUCGGGCAGGGGGAUGCUCAGCAGGGCGCUUGCCCCUACCGUGGGACGCAGGUUGCACGGCCUGCCCAGGCAGCCCGCCAGACCCCUGGUGCCUGUGCCCGCGGGGCCACCCCACGUCCCGGGAGCGGGGAGGGUGGAAGAAAGGGGAAGGGCUACAGCCCGGGUGGGCAAGUCGGGCGGGAGGGCCGCGGGGCGGUGCCGCGGGGCGGUGCAGCGGCAGCGGGGCGGCCCCACGGGCGGUGCCGCCGCCGGGGCCUUUAAAAGGCGCCGGGGCCGUGCGCUCCGGGCGCUGCCGGCCGGGCCGAGCCGAGCGGAGCGGAGCGGAGCCGAGCCGUGCGAGCCCUCCGGCUGCCGAGCCGCCUCUCCCAUGCGCCUGCCGGGCAUGUCCCAGCCCUUCCUGCUGGCGCCCAUCGCCGAGUGCCCCCCGGGGCCGCCCGGCGCCCAGGUCCGCCUGGCCGUGCUGGGUGCCCGCGGCGUCGGCAAGAGCGCCAUGAUCGUGCGGUUCCUGACCAAGCGCUUCAUCGGUGACUACGAGCCCAACACAGGAAACCUCUACUCCCGGCUGGUCCAUCUCGACGGGGACCACGUUGCCCUAGAGAUCCAAGACACGCCGGGAUGCAUUCAGGUGCAGGAAGACUGCGUGCAGGUGCUGGACUCCCUGUCCCGGUGCGUGAAGUGGGCAGAGGGCUUCCUGCUGGUCUACUCCAUCACCGACUACAGCAGCUACCAGUCAGUCCAGCCUCUCUACCAGCACAUCCGCAAGGUGCACCCCGAUGCCAGGACUCCCAUCAUUAUCGUGGGGAACAAAGCAGACCUCCUCCACGCCAGGCAAGUACAGGCAAAAGAGGGACUACAGCUGGCAGAUGAACUGGGCAGCCUGUUCUUGGAAAUCUCCACCAGUGAGGACUCCCAAGGUGUCUGUGAUGUCUUCCAGUAUCUUUGCAAGGAGGUCAGCAAACUACAGCAUGCCGGCAGCACGGACAGGAGGCGGUCAUCCAUCAUCCCUCGGCCCAAAUCUCCCAACAUGCAAGAUCUAAAGAGACGUUUCAAACAGGCUUUGUCUUCCAAAGUCAAGUAAACCUCCCAAUGACAUCCUCCGGGACUCAAUAGAACUUAUUUUUGUAAACUAGUUAAUAAAAAUCUUUAUUUUUGUACUAAUGCCAGCAGUGUAGAAGUAAGUAUGUCAAAGCUUGCAAUUUCCUUGCUGUUCUCUCAUUUGACUGGUUGGGUUAUUUUUAAAGAAAAAAAAAGGUAAAAAAAAGCUGAAUAUCAACUAAAUAAAGGCAGUUGGAAAGGGGACUUUUGGCAGGAGGCUUUGAUUCCUUUUCUUUUUUGGGGGGACUGGGAUUUUCUGUAUUAAGCCACUCAUGAUUUUCUUUGGAAGCUUCAAUUUCCUGUUUGUAAAAUGGGAGUGUUAAUGAUGUAAAUCAUUACCUGCCUUUAUACAAUGCUUGGAAAGCUCUUGGUGAAAAACUUUGUAGGAGAUAAAAAAAAAGCUCUAUUAAAUAAGAAAAUGCCUGUAAGAAAUCUGAUUAUAGCAGAACUGCAUCCUCCCUCAAAGCUGCUGUUCUGCUUGCACCUGUAAUAGCCUGAAUGCUGAUAGGCCAUUAGGAAUGAGCUCCAAUUUCUGAUGUGCCUUAGAGAUCUGUUCUACAGAAUUAAUCAUUUGAGCCUCAAGCAUUUAACAGGAGGGUUGAGUUUCUCCUACAGAUUGCCGUGGAACAAAGUGCUGAGCAAUCCACAGCAGA